CCGGCUGGGCGCAGGCACCGGCGUAGCGGGCUUCAGCUCCGCGCUCACAGUCCGCACCAGCGCCGAGGGUUCCGCCGCAUUCCGCUGCCUCCACCGCUGCCGCCGCGAUGCUGGGGCUACUCGUGGCGGUGCUGGCCCUGUCGCUCGCCUACUUCGCGCUGCUGGAUGGCUGGUACCUGGUGCGCGUGCCGUGCGCCGUCCUGCGAGCGCGCCUGCUGCAGCCUCGCGUCCGUGACCUGCUGGCUGAGCAGAGCUAUGCGGGCCGCGUGCUGCUCUCGGACUUGGACCUGCUGCUGCACAUGAACAACGCGCGCUACCUGCGUGAGGCCGACGUGGCGCGCGCCGCUCAUCUGGCCCGCUGUGGCGUGCUCGGAGCGCUGCGCGCCCUCGGGGCGCGCGCCGUGCUGGCCGCGUCGUGUGCGCGCUACCGCCGCUCUCUGCGCCUGCUCGAGCCGUUCGAGGUGCGCACCCGCUUGCUGGGCUGGGACGACCGCGCUUUCUACCUGGAGGCGCGUUUCAUCAGCCUGCGCGAUGGCUUCGUGUGCGCGCUGCUGCGCUCCCGCCAGCACGUGCUGGGCACCUCGCCGGAGCGCGUUGUGCAGCACCUGUGCAAGCACAGGGUGGAGCCCCCUGAGCUGCCGGAAGACCUGCAGCACUGGAUCGCCUACAAUGAGGCCAGCAGUCAGCUGCUCCGGGCCGAGAGUGGGCUCAGUGACGUCGGCAAGGACCAGUGACCACGGUGGCCCACCUGCCCUGCCCAGCAGCCUUGACCUGGGGGCACUUGCCUGCUUCCCUGCUUGCCAGGGGGCAGCGAGUGCGGGAUGGGCUGCCCGGGCUGGGCUCUCUCCGAGCUGAAGUGGCCUUGCAACAAGCCCAGCCCAGCUCCUUCACAGCUCAGGACCCUCCCCCCUGGCCCCCUUACUGAUGCCCCUCUCUGCCCCACCCCAUGCCAAGCAGGGGAUGGGGGUAGCACAGGUACCCAGACCAGCUCUGCCCUCAGGGUGGUGAUGAUGGGCAAACUGGGUGGCCCAGGGCCCUGGUGAGCCAGCUGUGGGGGUUGGGGGGGUGCUGGUGGCGGCCUGCCCUGCAGGUGAAGCCAGGCUUGAGUCGGGAGCAAACGCAGAGCAGGGGACCAGCCCGAGUUACCCUGAGCACCGGAGCUUAAAGCCCAAGCUGCUGUGGGGGUGAGGUCGGAGCUGUCCUGGGGGCAGGGCUGGGGUCUGGGGUCUGAUCCAGGCACAGGGAGCCAGGAAGGGUCAGCAUUUGUGUGCAGCUCCUCUGGCUGCAGUUGAAGGUGGGUCAGGGCACAUCCACUGAAGGGCACUCAGGAGGGGUGGGCCC